GCUGAUGGAGAACACCUGCUGUGACAUUACUGAUUGGGUUGAGAUCUGAAGGGCAACAUUAUUAAAUUAUAAUAUGGAGCAGAAGCAACAGGAGAAACUGGCCUUUGAGCGGCACCUGGAGGAGAGGCAAAAGGAGCACACCCAGCUUCUACUCAUGAACACGUCCCGCAAGGAAAACAUCCUCAACUCAGUCCGACAGGAGCAGGAGCGUAUGGAAAAGGGUGUCAGCCAGCAGCAGAGGGCUCAGGAAGCCGAAAGGCUGGUGGUGCUAGAAAAAGUCCGACAAGCUGAAGACAGCAUCAGCAGCCGUAUUAGCAAUAUGCUGAUGGACAACAACCGGCAGAAAAAGAGCACAGAGUUUCUUCAAGCCAUGGAGGAAGAUCGGAUCCGUAUGGAGCAUUUGACUGCCAUCACACAGGAGGAAGCCAGUUCACUGAGGAAAAGGGAGGUGGCAGCGGCCAUGCAAAAGAUGCUAUCAGACAGCUGUGCUAUGAGCCUCCUUCAGGAAGCCAGUGACUGUCGCAGAAGGAGCCUGGUAUCUGAGGCCUACAGGAGUAUGGAGACUUUGGACAGGAAGUUUGAUAAGAUGUUGUCCCUUCAAGCUUUGGACAAAUCUAAAGCCAUUGCCCACAUCUUGCAGGAGGAGGAGAUGCAGAAAGCAGCGUUCCAGGCUUUGCAGCUGCAGAAAGAUGCUGUACAUGGCUACAUCCGCAACCAGAUCAAGCUCAUAGAGGGUGAAUUAAUGCAGAUGACUAAACUCGAAAUUAAAAAAAGCAAUCUGGAUGCUGAGAACCUGCAGGAGGUUCUGGUGGAGCAGCGCACAGCUCUCAGUGAUUUGUUGCAGCAGCUGCUGAAGCAGAGGGAUCAGAGAGAGCAGGAGCUGCGGCAGAUUUUGGCGGAGAUUGAGCUGAAGUCUGAGUCUAACCAGCAGAACUAUUGGAUGAUCCAGUAUCAGAGACUGCUAGAUGCCAAGCCCUUCUCACUGCGCAUGCAGGAAGUGGGCCUUGAGAAGGAGUUAGUCAACAUGUUGUGUAAACUUUCGGCUCAGCAUUACCUGCCCAUCCUGGCUCGUCAUCGAGUGACAACUGAGGCCCUUCGCUACAUGAACUCCUCUGACCUCAAGAAGCUUGGCAUUAAUGAAUUAGGAAUCCAGAAAGCUCUUCUGAGCUGGGCUCAGGAACACCAACCUGAAGGAGCUUGUAAGGCUGAUCACCAGGACGAGGUAGCAGAAGUCAUCCCCACAGCUCCAUCCCCGUCCUCCCCUCCAUCUCUUCCCAAUAUAUCGACUCACCAGAUCCCCAGUCCACCAAUCAGCCCAGGGACCCCUGUCACCCCCUCAGCCCCCAGCCCUGUGGACGGACCAGGGAGCUCUGAGUGUGUGGUCUGCAUGGAGACCGGGUCUCAGGUAGUCUUCCUGCCCUGCGGUCAUGUAUGCUGUUGUCAGGUCUGCAGCGACGCACUGCAGAACUGCCCUUUGUGUCGCAGCAACAUAUCCCAACGCAUACGCCUCUACCACAGCUAGAACCAACUGUACUAAUGUCCUUUACCGACUGCCACACUCUUUAUUUAUGCAUGGUCAUAAAGCUGCUGUGAGCAAAGCUUGUCAUUUAUCGAAAAGCUUUUAGCUGGAUUUUCAGGAGCCAAGCAACUUUCCUGUAUUAACCUAACAGUACCUUGUUAUGUAUAUUAAGAAACAAGUUUGAAUAGAAUUAUUUUAACAGUGUUAUUUUUCUGAUAACAUCAUUCACUGGCUCAAGACCUUCUCAAUUGAUGUGUACCUUUUUUUUGAAAAUCUCUGAAAAUACUCCUUGUCUCUGUUGUCAACCAAAGUAAGACCUGUCCAACAUUUAUAUAAGUCAACUAAAAUAUAGUCUGCUGAUUGUUGUUGGUUGUUAUUAUCGUUUGUUGGUUGUCGUCGCAUCACCAAUGCAAUCUUAUAUUGUUUCUGUUCAAUGCAUUUCACAACUUGUCUUUUCCUAACUGCCAGAGGCUUGUUUCCCUUCUUGUACUCUCAUAUCCUCUGUAUUUGAUUGAGUCAUUUAUCUAGUGUUAAUUGGUGGGAAUGAUUUAAGCAAAUCAAAACAGAUUGAGGAAGAAUUCAUUUCUCAAGACCUUUGUUCUCUAUUUGAUUUAUUCUUGACAUCCACCUCACCAUGCAUGGAUCAACCUGCCAAAGGGCCCCGCUGCAAAAAUGUGCUGCAUGUGCCCUAUGAGCACCCACAUUUACUCCCACCCCCAAUAUUAUAUUACACUACAUAGCCCCAGGUUUACUGUGUGGUAAUGUAGAACACAAGAAACUUAUAAAUUUGCAUUAUGUACAUACAAUGCUGACGGGUUUCCCGUUUACAAAGGAUGAGGAAGCAUGCACAGCAGUGGGGCAGAAAACACUUCCACAAUAUCAUAAUACGUUAUAUAUGGACAUUUUCAAUAUUUUGAAAUAAAGCAGCUUGCUGGAAACCCGUGGUAUUACUAGAGGUGAAUUUGUCUGUGACACUCAUCCUAGCAUUGCUUCUUUGCUUCAUCUUUUUUUUUGUUUUUUUGGGGGGGGUUUUAAACCACACACCACCUGUAAUAGAUCUGUCAGCUCUGGCUAGCUAAUAUAUAUUAUAACACAUAUUUAGGUGAGAAACAGCAGGUAGUAGCAAUGAUAAUGCUAAACACACAAAUGAUCUCCAUAGGUAUAGAGAAAUGACCUGUGUGCACAUCAGCUGACAGCGGGGGUUAAAAGGACAGAAGCAUGCUGACACAAUUAACGCUUGCAUUAAAGUACUAAAAUUGGCAUGUUGGGUGCCUGCUGCAGAGGUUCAAUGUAUCAGUGUACUCAUUUUGGUUAUUUUAACUUUACCGUAUAUGAAAAUCCUGCUUUUUCCUUAAAAACUGGAAAACACUGGAUUUAUGCCAGAUGUGUCACAUUAAUUUAAAAACUCAUAUUAGAUAUAAGUGUAAACAGGCCAAGCUUCACCCCUGAUAAACUGUGUCAAUUCAGGAUGUAAUCAGUGUAGUUAUUGAUCAACCACAUGGGAUCACGAAACGACUAUGCAUGUUUGCUUCAAUUUUGUGUCUUCGUAAAAUUAUAAGCAUGACAAUGUGAUACAUUUCUCAUUCUAAGCAAUCGGUCUGCUCCUCAAUUAGUUGCCAAAGAUUCACAAACUGAAACAAAAUGCACAUCAAACACAGACACUGACAGAUGUUUGCAAUAUUCAUUAAAUAGCCUUGAAAACACCGUGACUGUGUGAGCUGUAUUACCUUAAAAGUCAUAUAUUUUCAGUGCUAAACCAUCCACUGCCUUUAUGAAAUCCAUGGCUGUGACCAGAUUGCUGGACCGAACAGCUAAUUCUGCAUCCUGAGCUACCAGACGGGUAUCCCUCUUGAGAUAAUUAAUAUUUUCCACUCAUUGCUGGAAUUGCUGGGCAACAGUGGUCCAACUAUACGUUUUUCUUAGGUCAAAAAAAUUGUUUAUUGUCGUUGAUAUGACACGCAGAGUGGGAUAAACUCUUAUUAAAAACUUCUUUUUAACUAGUCCUCACUCCCACAAUUUUUACUUUUCAAUUUUUUAUCAAAAUGUAGACAAAUUUGUCCUCUUUCAUACAUGUAACCUUCCAAGCUAACAGACUUAGAAAGUUUGCAUUAUGAGCCUCAAAGUAACCGGAGUACCACCCAUCUGGCCUGUAUAGUCAGUAAUGUCAACAGACACCCAUUUUCAGGCAGAAAGCUGAAAAGGGUACUUUUCUAACUCACUCUAUUUCCCACAUUUUUGACACAACCGACAUAUAUUUUAUAUCAACGCAUUCAACAUACAUCUAAAAAUGUAGAUAUUACGGUCUUUGAGUUUAAAGCCAGAGUUUGACAGGUGUCUCUCGGCUGACUCCUUUCAUACUCAGGAGUGUCUCAGCAGUUACCAUCACCAUAGCAACAUUUUACUGCAGUUGGGCACAUAAAGCCGAUUCAGAUGAGCUGAUUAGACUGCUUCUCUGAUCCCUGUGUUGUUGACCAAACACGUGACUUGCAUUUUUGUCAAACUCCUGCUACAUACAGUCAUGGAUAUAAAUGCAUAAGUGUAACAAUAAGAUGCAUAUAAAUGUACCAGAGUAACAAAUUAGAUGUAAACAAACCAGAAUAUAAAUAACCUGGAUAUAAAUGUUUCAGAGCAAUAAUGUGAAUGUAAAUAUAGCAGAGUAUCAAUAAACUGUAUAUUACCGCCUAAGAGUUUGGAUAAUGUGGCUAGCUAGAUAAACAGAUAGAAAAAGUGGGGUCAAAAGUCAGAAACCUCUUUCCCAUUCUUGAUACUUGAAUAGAAAAUGGUCUCAGACUUUUUUUUUAGAUAGAGAGAAGUUCGGGAAUUUUCUCUGUGGGUUGGUCUUGUGGGGGCCGGUCUUUCCACUCAAGUCCAGCAUUAUAUAGCCUAUAUACAGAUAUUCAAUACAUCAUCUUAGCUGCAGUGACAUGGCUGCAGUUAGUAUCUAGCACUCGUUAUGGAAACAUGGAUAGAAAGAGAAAACCUGCUUCAGGCAGUGCAGACAAGGUGUGGCAAAAAAAGAAAAAGGCUUUGGUGGCUGACGCCGCAAAGUGUGCUAAGAUAGCAGAUUUCUUUAAGCAGUAUGCAGGCGAUGAUGAUUAUGUUGAUGAUACUGCGAUACUGAUGAUACUCCUGACAACCUAAAGUAGGUUUUCUUCAGUCAUAUGUUUGUGGCAUAAAACAGUUGCACACUCCAAAUGCUAACAUUUGUUAUUUCUGAAUUUUGUGACUAUAAAAUCAGGAAAUGUCACGCAACUCCCAUUUUAUGUACACAGAACAGUGAAGGUAAACAGGCGGAUUUUGUUUUACUGUUUAACAAUUUAUUUUUUUCUGUCUCUAGAAGAUGGAUAUGUAUAAGUCUGACUCUAAGAAAUUUUUAUUUGCGUGUGGGUGUGUUUGUUUGUGACCUAAACCAGGGCAACCAAAUGGACAGAGUCCAUCAUCCAUGAUGAGUAACCAAGCAGCUACCUGUGCCACAUGCCGGGGAGAUCUGUGUACACCUUUCAAGUAUCUUUUCUGUCCUGUUAUGUCCUCACCAUUCAGUGCAGGAUCUCAUACAUAUGAAACCCCAACAUUUUACACUCAACUCUUCAGAAGGGAAAUCACAAACAAAAAGUAUUGUGAAUAUAGUGUGCUUUCUGUUGGAAUAUAAUAUGCUUUGUGUGACAUUGUGUAAAUAUAGUGUGCUCCUAUGAAUAGAGUCUACUAGUUCUCAUUUAGUUGUGUUCAAACACUGUUGAAUGUUUUGC